UCCCCGGCUCGAGCACGUGGACUUCGUCUUCAGGGUGCUGCAGUCGGCACAGGGGCUGCGUGGCGUCGGGGGAUGCCGCGCCGCUUGCUGGUCGCGGCCCCCCGGGCGACCAUGGCCUUCGGGCUGCCCAUGGUGGGGACGCUGACGCGGGGUCUGCAUCGCGCGCGUCAUGCAGGUCUACAGAGUGGAUUGGCAGCAGGCUCAGCAUGUCUGCGAUGUGGCUUGGCGGCGCCCACGCUCCAUGCGCGCGGCCACGUUGCACUUCGUGGGCCACCCAGCGACGGCGACCAAGAGGUCCGGCGACAGACGAUUGACCAGCCCAUUGGUGCUCGACAGGCCGUGGAGGACAUCUUCAGGGACAGCCUCGGCGACGGCGCCAGUGCUGCCGAGGCCGAGUACUACUAUGGCGAUGCUACGGUCUCGACCGCUGAGGUCGGCGUCGGCGUUGACGCCGUCGCGGAGCUCGUCGAGCUCUCCGCGGCCGGCGUCGCGGUCGGGGGGCCCAGGCCUGGUCAGACGGCGCGGGCGGGGGGGGACCGUGCCGGGGCUGCCCCGAGCCGGCCGCCCCCUGCGGCCAGCGGCCCAGGCCUGCCCCCCCGAAGUUCGACCACGUGGACUGCAGGCUCCGCGUCAUCUUCCACGACCUGCUGUGGUUCUGAUUCCUUGUCGUCUGCAGGUACCUCAUCGCUGGUGGCAUCUCCGUCGCCGCUGGCUUCUAGGCCCGUUUCUCGCCCAAAUCAGUCGCAGGUUUGCCUUGAUCAGGAGAAUCCCCCGCCCUCGCCCCCGCGCGACCUGCGCGAGGCUAGGAAGAUCAAUGUCGGGAAGCCGACCCCGCGGCCAGAUGUUUGGAAGAUUUGCGCGCCCAACAUCACGUCUUGGGGGGUCGGGUGCACGUCAGGAUCCAGCCAGGUAUGCGCGCCGGCCGUUUUUCGAUCUCGCGGAUGAUGUUGAGCCUGGCAUUUUUUUCAGGGGCACCACCAGGCUGAGGUUCGGCUUGGUGGUGUGCAGCAGGCGCUGGUGAAAGCUGGCCUCGGCGCCGUCGGGGCGACCCGAAGCUGGCGCGCCCGGAGGGGCGGGUCUCGCUAUCUCGACGCUCCGGGGCCUCAAGGGGCUCGGCGACUUUUGCCGCGCGGGGCCAAGCACCCCCCGCACGCGCACACGCACGCACGCACAC